GUCUCGAAGGGGUUUCUAGCGGGCGUAGUUCGCUGAGUAAGAUCAUCAUGUUGGCGUCGUAAAUCCAAUCUACGGGCCGUGCGCCAGCCAUGAGCUGGUGGACUUGCAAACGUGAUCUAGAUUCCACCAUGCUGCUUCUCUCCUUCUGUGCCUCCUCUCUUUCUCCUAUCACGACUCAGUUAGUUACAGGUGAUAAAGUGACGUUAUCCAUACACGUGGCACAUUUCUUGAGGUCUCUGGUCAGCCUGAGGAAAAGCCUGCUAGGUAGACAGAUACUCGUUCGUUUCCGACACGGGCGUCGCCAAGAAUUCGCUGCUGUUACCGUCAAUGGAUGCUUUGACAAAUGACAGUGAGUUUUGUCUGGUUUCGUCAGGCUGUGCUGACAACCUCGUUAAAUACAUCUGUAGACAGACGACGGGCAGGUGGGACAGUCGAUAGUUAUUGUCUUGAUUCUUGCUCUGCUUUCC